AUGGGGCACCAGAAUGUGUCCACUGUCACUGAGUUCCAGCUGCUAGGAUUCCAGAACCUGCUUGAGUGGCAGACCCUGCUCUUUGUCAUUUUCCUGUUUAUCUACUUCCUAACAGUCACGGGGAACAUUAUCAUCAUCGCAGUGGUGGGCCAAGACCAGCGACUGCGCUUGCCUAUGUACACGUUCCUCCAGCACCUGUCCUUCCUGGAGAUCUGGUACACGUCCACCAUUGUACCCCCUCUCCUAGCCAAUCUGCUCUCCUGGGGCUGCGCCAUCUCCUUCCCCGCCUGUAUGGCACAGCUUUACUUCUUCGUGUUUCUUGGAGCCACUGAGUGCUUUCUUCUGGCCACGAUGGCAUAUGACCGGUACCUGGCCAUCUGCAGCCCGCUGCGCUACACUUCCCUGAUGAGUGCUGAGCUCUGUACCAAGCUGGUGGUGAUCUCCUGGUCGGCAGGGGUUGGCACGGGGUUUAUGCCCUCCCUGAUGAUUUCCAAGUUGGAUUUCUGUGGGCCUAACCAGAUUGAUCAUUUCUUCUGUGACCUCCCUCCCCUUGUGCAGCUCUCGUGUUCCAGCACUCACACCACCGAGGUGGCCAUCCAUGUUCUGUCGAUUGCUGUGUUGUGCAUUUGUUUUUUUCUUACACUCGUGUCCUAUGUUUUCAUUGUGUCUUCUAUACUGAGGAUUCCUUCAGCCUCUGGCCGGAUGAAGACAUUUUCCACAUGUGGCUCCCACUUGGCUGUUGUCAGUAUAUAUUACGGGACCAUGAUCUCCAUGUAUGUUUCCCCCAACACCCACCUGUCACCUGAAAUCAGCAAGAUUAUUUCUGUCUUCUACACCGUGGUCACCCCAUUGUUGAACCCUGUUAUCUACAGCUUGCGGAACAAAGACUUCAAAGCAGCUGUUAGAAAAGUCAUGAGAAGGAAGUGCGGCGUCUAUGGAGUGAGAGUCAAGGGGAGUUUCUUGGUUAGGUAA